CUCUGAAGCCCAAAAAGAGGCAGGUAUACCUGCAGGAUUAUCUUUGUUUUCAGUCGGGGAACUUACCAUCUGUGAAGCUUUCUCAGAAGGUUCCUGUUAAGGACAAUUACCUCAAGGCUCCUGCAGAUAUCUUGCCUGCCCCCAGCUCCCAGGCUGCCCCUGGAGCUGCUGGCAGCACGUUUCUCAGCCUGCUGUGGGUGAGGUCGUUGCUCACAGCUGGCUUGUGUGGCUUCUCAGGUCUGAGAAGGAGCGUGGGCUGCGUGGCUGUGGUGGUCAGAUCUCUGCACUUGACCUUCAUGUCCUUGUUCUCAGCAAACAAAUGGCAGGAUGUGUGUUUCCCAGCUGUAGCUGGGGAUGCUGAGGGAUAAUAAGAACAAUACGAGUAUGGCUGAAGAGAGACAGUGGACAAUACUGGCCCAGCAUCUAUCACACCAUGUCAUCUCCGUGUUCAGCCAUGGCUUAUCAUCAUGACAGCAGGCGAAUAUUUGUAGGCCAAGAUAAUGGAGCCAUCAUGGAGUUUCAUAUUUCAGAGGACUUCAAUAAGAUGAACUUUGUGAAGACCUAUCCAGCUCAUCAGAAUCGAGUGUCUGCUAUUACCUUCUGCCUGACAUCAGAGUGGGUUAUCAGCACUGGUCAUGACAAGUGCAUCAGCUGGAUGUGUACCAGGAGUGGGAGUAUGCUGGGGAGGCAUUACUUCACCUCAUGGGCUUCAUGUCUACAAUAUGAUUAUGAAACUCGGUAUGCAUUUGUUGGUGAUUAUUCUGGACAGAUCACUCUCCUGAAGCUUGAGCAGAACACAUGCUCGAUUAUCACAACACUCAAAGGGCAUGAAGGAAGUAUUACUUCCCUGUGGUGGGAUCCUGUUCAACGACUGCUCUUCUCGGGUGCCUCUGAUCACAGCAUUAUCAUGUGGGAUAUUGGUGGAAGGAAAGGAAGAACGUUGCUGCUCCAGGGCCAUCAUGACAAGGUGCAGGCCAUCUGUUACAUUCAGCUGACACGGCAGCUAGUAUCUUGCUCAGCUGAUGGAGGAAUUGCGGUUUGGAACAUGGAUAUCAGCCGAGAAGAGGCUCCUCAGUGGCUAGAAAGUGAUUCCUGUCAGAAGUGUGAACAACCGUUCUUCUGGAAUAUAAAGCAAAUGUGGGACACAAAGACAUUAGGGUUGAGACAGCAUCACUGCAGAAAAUGUGGGCAAGCAGUAUGUGGCAAGUGCAGUACCAAACGGUCAAGUUACCCAAUCAUGGGAUUUGAGUUCCAGGUCCGUGUCUGUGAUUCCUGUUUUGAGUCAAUCAAGGAUGAAGACCGUACUUCCCUGGCAACCUUUCAUGAAGGAAAGCACAACAUUUCACACAUGUCCAUGGACAUCUCCAGAGGACUAAUGGUCACUUGUGGGAGUGAUCGGAUUGUGAAGAUCUGGGACAUGACGCCAGUAGUUGGUUGCAGCCUUGCAACUGGCUUCUCUUCACGUUGAUCUAAUACCUGACAGGUUUAUGCACCUUAUGUACAGCAAUAUGCAUCCAAUGAGUGGAAUCCUUCUUAAGAAUAUUACCGCAAACACUGGUUGCUUGAUUCUUCUCCUGCUGCUGUUCCAGGACGGACAGUCACCUCUAUAGAGCACAGCUUUUCUGUUGGGCUCACCAGGAAAUCUCCUUGGUGCGGAAGUGCAGUUUCACAACCUCUUGGACUAAUGUAAAAUGGCUUACCUGCAAUAUGACACCUUGAUGAAAGGACCUGUUGUUACUUGAUUUAUAUGUAGUGUUAACAAUGUGCUAUCUCUGCUGAUAUAUCUUGUACAGAUACUUUGUAGCUUAAACUUAUCAGAGUAAAAUGAGUAUAGUACAUUCAGUUUGUUCAAGUAGUAAAAUAACUUAUUCUCUCUUCCAAAAAGCAAUUCUGUAUAAAUACUUUUGAGCAGUCACUGUUUAUACUGCCUCCAAAAGGUAUGUUGGUUAUUCCUAUGGAAGGAGGAAAUACUUCAAAGUGGCAGGUAGCUUCUUUCAGAUGAGAUAGUAAGAGAACCUUUGAGCAUACAAGAUUUCCUUUGUUGACUUCCUUGUAGUGUUUGUCUUCAAAUUCAGUCACCAGUGAAAUCACUUCUGUGGGACAGCUGUUUAGGUAGUUGGUAAUUCUUCAAACACUUCUAGGUUCUUAAGUAGAGUUUUAGCAUAGCUAACAAACUUCUGUAGGUCUUACUAAAAUGUGCAGCCCAGCUACUCUACUUUAAAGACAGGCCACUGGGAUGAGCCGUAUGCUUUGACAAUUCUGUAAUGCUGUUAGAAUGGGAAGCUAAGUAAAUCUGCCUUGUUAAAUGUUAUGGCUAAGAAAAAAUGGCCAGCUAAGUCUUAGAGACUUUUUCCUGUGGAAAGGCUGAUUUUUCUUUAAUGGUAGGUAGCCUGUCUCUGCUAAAAUGCAGCAUACAUUUAAAUACUGCCUUGGUGUUGCCUAAAACUGAUAAAUACUGAGACUUUCCAAAGCAGUAGGUACUGAGAUACAGAACGGCUGCUGUUUUUUGCCCUGCACCCGAGUCUGUUAAUUCUAAGAUCUGUAUCGAUCGUUCCUGAUGUUAAAGCUGAGAAGUAUGAAGAGGAACUGGGAGGCUUUAAAAACUGUAUUUGGCAUAUACAGGAAGUAACUGAGAUUAGUAAUAAAUUGGUCUGUCAAUAGUAUUAAUUUCCUACUUCUGAGUACUGAAAAGAGAACUUUAGAAGCUUGGAUCACAUAUCAGAGUUCAAAGAUUAGAGCUGUUUAGAUUUCUCUGAAAAUAGGUGCAUAUUUGUGAAGACAAAAUGUGGGUAGGUCAGCUGGCCCAGAGUAGAUGGCGUUGUACAGCUGUCAAAAGAAGCUGGCAAUUUUUGGCAGAGGACUAGAAGGUUAGAUUGACUUUAAUGCAGCAAUGAUCAAGUGGUGCUAUGAGUGUUAGUGAACUCAAGUCCUGGUUGUCUAACUUGAUGCUAAUAAUCUGCAUCGGACCAUGCUAUAGGCUAAAGUAUAUGAAGAUCAUGGUGUAAGUAAUAAACCAUGAUUCUCUUCUGUUUUAAGCCUGAAAUGCUGAUAGUCUUCAAAAGGGCAUUAAAAUCCAGAAUAUGGUAGUUACUGUUAUCUUGGAUCUGGCUUUGUCUACCUUUCCCUGGCCCUUCUCCAGAAGUUUUGCUAGCAGUCAUUUAAUUUGCCAGGUGUGUUAAGCCAAUGAAAAAUAAACAAUUCUGUCUUUUGUGUCAAUCCCCAAAAUUAUCUUGCCUUCAAUUUAGGAUUUAGCACUUGUCAAACUGAUCUAAUUCAUCCCUUGAUACAUGCUGUAUAGCUUACAUUUUUUGGUAAAGGUUUAUUUCUUCUUAUUGAGAGUAAAUUGGCUUGUACUAGAAAAAAUUACAGCUUUCUGCUAUGAAGGCCUUCACCCUUGUAACUCAGGAAGAAAGCUGAGUGUUUGAAGGGAGUAAGUAAGCCCCAGUAACACUCUGCAUUCACUUUCAGACUUCUUCCUAUCUGAUUUUGGAAGAGAAUGGCAGUCUUCUUCCUUACAGGGUGUAAGGCAGAACAUUGAUUAAUGGAUAGAGUUGUUUAAGAUUCUACCGUGCUGUGGUAAGGAGGAUCUAGGGUUGUGUGCUAAGCUGGAAGCUUAGUGUAGAUGUGGGAUGAAUAGGGUUUUUUUUGUUUUCUUUUUAAACCAAGCAUUCUGAAACUCUUACACCAAUUAUACUGAAGUGUAAUAACUCCUUUGCAGCCAAUACUCCUGAGCUUCAGCUUUUUUUAGUUCUGAUUAGUCAACAUUUCCCAAAUCAGCAUGCAGCUCCCUCCUCUUUUUUGUGAAUACUUCCACUUCUUGACAACCACUUAUCUUACAUUAAGGUUUUGACACUAGAUAAUAUAUUCUCUACUACUUAUUCUUAAACCUAAGGAAUCUAUUUUCUAUAAUUGAUAUACUUAAAUAUAGUGUCAGUUCAGAUAUAGCAAGACAAUUAUGGCUGCUAAGUCAUUAGUCAUUUAAAUAUACUCUUGGUGUUAAACAAAUAAUGCUUACAAACCACUAAAGAGAUGGUGUUUUGGUUUAUAAACAAAUCUUUUGAAUACACAUACUCUCUCAUGAAACUGAACAUACUUCCAACUAUGUCAGCUCAAGUGUGCAAUUACUGAAAAAGCUUGAUUUGAAGCUUUACUAAUAUUGCUUGUAUAACCUCUUUCAUUGGGGGCAGGGAAGGGGAGCAAAGGAUAUUAGUAUGUGCUCAGUCUUUACUAGUUGUAUUUCUGUACUCUGCAUAUUUAAGCAAUGCUAGAUAAAUCCGUCCCUUGCUCCUUCUUGUCUGUUUUUUAAAACUUUGAUUACAUGUACAAUAAAAUAUUUCUUGAUAUUCACGUA